AUGCCUUACACCAUCAAGGUCCGCGUCUACCAGACCAACACCAACGCCUACUUCCACAUCGUGGAGAAGGGCUGCUGGCACUACGCCAAGGGCGCCGAGUGGAGCGAGCACAACGGCAUUCUCACCCUGACUAUGGGCGACAGCGGCACUUCGGGCAUGCUCCGCUUCAAGACGGAGCAGGGCAAGGAGGCCUUCUUCAUCGCAAUGGGCGUUCACAACUACAAGCCCUGGGUCGACACCGUCACCGGCCUCGCCGACGACGUCACCUGCGUCAAGGCCCUGCCCGAGUACUACGGCAACGCCUCCGACAGGACCCGCUCUCGGGAGUCUCAGCGUACCUCGCAGUCGAUUCUCAACAUUGAUCGCAGGACCAUUGCUACUGAGUACAAGGUUUCACAGGGCAAUGAUCUUGAGCUCAACAUUAUCAUCAACUAA